AUGGCUGUAACAAGGCUCGACAGACUGUUCAUUUUGCUGGACACUGGGACGACUCCGGUCACCAGGAAAGCGGCAGCGCAGCAGCUCGGAGAAGUAGUGCGGCUCCACCCACACGAGCUGCACAACCUCCUCGCAAAGGUUUUGACGUAUCUCAGGAGUCCAAACUGGGACACUCGAAUUGCAGCAGGUCAAGCGGUGGAGGCCAUCGUGAAGAACGUCCCGGAGUGGAACCCUGCGCCCAGAGCCAAAGACGAGUUGUGCGAGGACUUGUCUCCGGAAGAAUCCUCCUGUGAUCGGCUGUGUUUCCUAAACUUUGACAUUUCUAGAUUACUCAAACACGGGGCGUCGCUGCUGGGGUCCGCCGGAGCAGAGUUUGAGCUGCAGGAUGACAAAACCGCCGAGAUGGACCCGAAGGAGCGUCUGUCGCGUCAGAGGAAGCUGCUGCAGAAGAAGCUGGGGCUAGACAUGGGCGCGGCCUUCGGGAUGGACACAGACGAACUGUUUAACGACGAAGACCUGGACAACAGACCCCAGAGCCGGGGGGCCGCGGGGAGCAGCGCCCGCAACCACGUGCCAAUGCCAGCGGCCGAGCUGAUCGACUCGGAGUUCAGGCCCGGAAUGAGCAACAGGCAGAAGAACAAAGCAAAGAGAAUGGCCAAACUCGUGGCUAAACAGAGAUCCCGAGACUUGGACCCGAACGAGAAGAGUAACGACAGCUUUGAGGGCGAACCUGAAGAGAAACGAAGAAAACUGACCAACGUUGUGAUCAAUCAGCCCGCCACGGACAGCAAGGUUCUCAUCGACAUCCCAGACAACUCCUCCAUUUCAGAAGAAACCAGCGAGUGGCCCCUGGAGAGCUUCUGCGAGGAGCUCUGUAACGAUCUGUUCAACCCUUUGUGGGAAGUGCGCCACGGUGCUGGUACUGGCCUUAGAGAAAUUCUCAAGUCCCACGGAGCAGGAGGAGGGAAACUAGUUGGAAGCACUGCUGCCCAGAUGUCGCGUCAGCACCAAGAGUGGAUCGAGGACCUGGUCAUUCGACUGCUGUGCGUCUUUGCCUUGGAUCGGUUUGGAGAUUUUGUGUCGGACGAGGUGGUGGCACCGGUGCGGGAGACGUGUGCGCAGACCCUGGGCGUGGCCCUGCGUCACAUGACCGAGGGGGGCGUCUCCCUGACGGUGGAGGUGCUGCUGAGUCUGCUGAAAGAGGCGCAGUGGGAGGUCCGCCACGGGGGUCUGCUGGGCAUAAAGUAUGCUCUGGCCGUGCGGCAGGACCUGAUCUCGUCGCUGCUCCCUCGGGUGCUCCCCGCCGUCACCGUGGGGCUUCAGGACCUGGACGAUGACGUCAGAGCGGUGGCGGCGUCUGCGCUUAUCCCUGUGGUGGACGGACUGGUGCAACAGCUGCCCACCAAAGUGCCCUUCAUCGUGAACACUCUGUGGGACGCUCUGCUCGACCUGGACGACCUGACCGCCUCCACCAACAGCAUCAUGACUCUGCUCUCUCGCCUGCUCACCUAUCCCCAAGUCCGACAGAGCAGCAUGCAGGAGUCUCUGACAGUCUUGGUCCCUCGGGUCUGGCCUUUCCUGAGACACACCAUCUCCUCGGUGCGAAGAGCCGCUCUGGAAACUCUCUUCACGCUGUUGUCUAAAGCAGACCAGAACUGUUCCAUUUGGAUCAACCCCAUCCUUCAGGACAUGCUGCGCCACAUUUUCCAGUGUUGUAUCUUGGAGAGUAACGAGGAGAUCCUGGAGCUGGUCCAGAAGGUCUGGAUGGAGCUCCUGUCUCGGGCUCCUCAGCAGUUUGUGGUCGCAGCCAGCUGUCCCUGGAUGGGCGCCUGGCUGUGUCUCAUGAUGCAGGCCUCUCACAUCCCCAUCGACCUCAACAUGCUGCUGGAGGUCAAGGCUCGCAAGGAUAAGUCUGGAGUGAAAGCCCGUCAGGGAGGAGCUCCGGUGAAGGAGACGGUGCAGGAGUACAUCGCAGGAGCAGAGACGGUGAACGACGACUCCCUCACCAGAGACUACAUGGUUAUGAGGGCGCGGCUCAUGGCGGCCAAGUUGCUUGGAGCCCUGUGCCGCUGCAUCUGUGACCCGCAGUUGAACAGCUCGUCUCAGGAGAUGCGUCCGGCCGAGUCUCUGGGGCAGCUGCUGCUUUUCCACCUGAACUCCAAGUCCGCCCUGCAGCGAAUCGCCGUGUCCCUGGUGCUGUGCGAGUGGGCCGCCACGCAGAGAAACGCUUCCCCCUGCGUGCAGAACUGUCAGCUGGUGAUGUCCAUGGUGCAGCCCCGCCUCCUCGCCAUCCUCUCGGAGCAUCUGUACUACGACGAGAUCGCCAUCCCCUUCACCCGGAUGCAGACGGAGUGCAAACAGCUCAUCGCUCUGCUCGCCGACGCCCAGAUCGACAUCCAGGACCGGAUCAACUGCAGCGUCUUCACCAUCGACCAAGCCAGCGAACUGGUGUCUUCCAUCUUCAGCGAGAGCACGUCUGCGCUAAGCCCCAAACACAAACAGUGGCAGUGUCUGGACAGUAAGCGGCAGCAGGCCCAGGCCACGGUCACAGAGACUCACGCCAUGUGGCACGAGCUACACCUGCGCGUGCACAUGUUCACGGCCUGCGCGGUCAUCAACCUGCAGGCGCUGCCCGACAAGCUCAACCCGGUGGUGCGGCCGCUCAUGGAGGUCAUCAAGUACGAGGAGAACGCUCUGAUCCAGGGCUACGCCGCCUCGUUCAUCGCCAAACUGCUCCAACAGUGCGCCGGCCGCUCCCCCUGCCCCAACUCCAAGAUCAUCAAGAACCUGUGCAGCUCGGUCUGCGUGGACUCUCGCUGCACGCCCUUCUCCGAUACGCCCGUGUCUCCGCCCAAGGGUAAUUUCUUAGAAAAAGACGUCAUGAAUCACACGGUGACCAAAACUCACGGCAUCAUCACUUUGUACAGACACCAAAAAGCCGCGUUCGCCAUCACCAGCAAAAGAGGCCCGGUCCCCAAGUCCCAGAGGCCCCAAAGCUCUGAGCUCCCCUCGGGCAGCAGCCUCAGCCCCGACACCGACGAAAGCAGUAAAUCGUGUCUCAUUCAGCGAAGAGGAGCAGAGUUCUCACUGACCACCAUCUCCAAACACUUCGGGGCCAAUCUCACAAAGUCUCUGCCAUAUCUGUGGGAAAACACUGUCGGACCUCUCCGGAACGUCGCCAAGGACAACCACCAGAUUAACCGAGUUGUCGAGUUGGAAAAAGGAGAUGAAGCCGCUCAAGAACUGGUGAACUCUCUUCAGGUGCUGGAGGUUCUGGCACCAGCGAUGUCUGCAGAAUUCAAAGCUUUGCUCCUGGAGCAGCUGCAGCACCUGUUCACCUGCCUGCAGCACCCUUACACAGCCGUGCGCCACAUGUCUGCACGUUGUGUGGGCGCGCUCUGUAAGAUCUCCAUGUUGGAGACCAUGAACUGUUUCCUGGAGAGAGUCCUGCCCUGGCUCGCGGCCAUCGAGGACUGCACCAAACAGGAGGGCGCCAUCGAGGCUCUGGCCUGUGUGAUGGAGCAGCUGGACGUGGACAUUGUGCCGUACAUCGUGCUGCUGGUCGUCCCGGUGCUCGGCCGCAUGAGCGAUCCCACCGACAGCAUCCGCUUCAUGGCCACGCAGUGUUUCGCCACGCUCAUCCGCCUGCUGCCUCUGGAGGCCGGUAUCCCAGACCCUCCCUCCAUGUCGGACGACCUCAUCCAGCAAAAGGCUCGAGAGAGAAACUUCCUGGAGCAGCUUCUGGACAGCAGGAAACUGGAAAACUACAAGAUCCCAGUGCCCAUUAAAGCCGAGCUGCGCAAGUACCAGCAGGAUGGAGUAAACUGGCUUUCCUUCCUCAACAAAUACAAACUCCACGGGAUCCUAUGUGACGACAUGGGUCUGGGCAAAACCCUGCAGUCCAUCUGCAUCCUGGCCGGAGACCACUACCUCAGGAACCAGGAGUACUCCAGGACCAAAGCCGCUGACAGCAGCCCCCUUCCCUCCAUCGUGGUGUGCCCCCCCACACUCACGGGGCACUGGGUGGACGAGGUGGGGAAGUUCUGCUCUAAAGAGUUCCUCCAUCCCCUGCACUACACCGGGCCGCCCACAGAGCGCAUGAGGUUGCAGUAUCUGGUGAAGAAGCACAACCUCGUGGUCGCCUCGUAUGAUGUCGUUCGAAACGACAUCGACUUUUUCAAGAAUAUAAAGUUUAAUUACUGCAUCCUGGACGAGGGCCAUGUGAUCAAAAACGGGAAAACCAAACUUUCCAAAGCGAUCAAGCAGCUAGCGGCAAACUACAGACUGAUUCUGUCCGGAACGCCGAUCCAGAAUAAUGUGCUGGAGCUUUGGUCGCUGUUUGACUUCCUGAUGCCCGGUUUCCUCGGCACAGAGAGGCAGUUUGCGGCUCGGUACGGGAAGCCCAUCCUGGCCAGUCGGGACGCCAAGAGCUCGUCUCGGGAGCAAGAGGCCGGUGUGCUGGCGAUGGAGGCUCUGCACAGACAGGUACUGCCGUUUCUUCUGAGGAGGAUGAAGGAGGACGUGCUCCAGGACCUGCCCCCGAAGAUCAUCCAGGAUUAUUACUGCAACCUGAGUCCACUGCAGGUUCAGUUGUACGAGGACUUUGCUAAAUCUCGAGCCAAAGCCAGUGUGGACGACAGCAUUUCAGUGUCUGCGGCUGAAGACCAGGACAAACCCAAACUCAAGGCCACAGGACACGUGUUCCAGGCUCUGCAGUACCUGAGGAAGCUGUGUAACCACCCCAGCCUGGUGCUGACGCCCCAACACCCCGAGUACAGACGGAUCACGGAGCAGCUGUCGUCGCAGAACUCUAACCUCAGAGACAUCCAGCACGCGCCCAAACUCUCUGCCCUCAGACAGCUCCUUCUGGACUGUGGCCUGGGUGGAGGAGGCUCUGCAGAGGGAGGGACAGAGUCGGUGGUGGCCCAGCACCGGGUCCUGAUCUUCUGUCAGCUCAAGAGCAUGUUGGACAUCGUGGAGCACGACCUGCUGAAGCCCAAACUGCCCUCGGUCACCUACAUGAGGCUGGACGGGAGCGUUCCAGCCGGCCUCAGGCACUCCAUCGUCUCCAGAUUUAACAACGACCCAUCCAUCGACGUGCUGCUGCUGACCACUCAUGUUGGAGGUCUGGGCCUGAACCUGACCGGGGCCGACACCGUGGUCUUUGUGGAGCACGACUGGAACCCCAUGAGAGACCUGCAGGCCAUGGACCGGGCCCACCGCAUCGGGCAGAAACGUGUGGUGAACGUGUACCGGCUGAUCACCCGCGGGACGCUGGAGGAGAAGAUCAUGGGGCUGCAGAAGUUCAAGAUGAGCAUCGCUAACACGGUCAUCACGCAGGACAACUCCAGUCUGCAGAGCAUGGGCACGGACCAGCUGCUCAACCUGUUCACGCUGGACCAGGACGAAAUAGGCGACAAGAGCGACUCCUCUUCCUCCAAGUCCUCCAUGAAGUCGGUUCUGGACGGUCUGGGGGAACUCUGGGACCAGCAGCAGUACGACCACGAGUACAACCUGGACAGCUUCAUGCACUCCUUAAAAUAA